AUGAACCUUCUGAAACGUUUGUGGCUCACAAGUGCGAGCUCGGGCAGAGCGGCGGCCUACGCGCUGCUGGGCCACGGGAUAACGGUUGCGCUGGCGCCGGCCUGUUCCGCAGCCCGCGCCGUCGCAGAGCUGCGCGGCGCGCAGCGCGCCGGGCACCCACUGGACCGCUCGCGGCAGGCCUCUCUUGCCGCCGACACCGUACCGCACGGCGCCGCGCCUGGCGGCCGCAGGGGCCCCGACGGGCAGCCCUCAUUUUCAUCCGCCCUCUGGGCCGCGGCCCCUGCGCUCGCCGCCGCGGCCGCGGCCGCGCUGCUGGUCUUCUGCGCGGGGCGGCUGCAGCGCGCGCUCGCCGCGGCGCGGGCGGAGCUGCUCGCUGCCGCCGUCCUGGCGGCCAACGCGGUGGCGGCCUGGACCCUGGCGGGGCCCGCAUUGGAUGUGGAGCCAGUUCUGAUCUGCAUCUUGUUACUAAACGGCACCCUCCUUGCCGCCGCCGCGUCCGAGCUCAGAAGCCGCGCGCUAGCCCUGAUCGCCGCCGCGGGCGCCGCUGCGGCGGCCUGGGUCGCGGCCGCGUGCGCGCCAGCGCUCGCAGGCGGCGGGGCGGCGGUCGCGGCGCUCGGGGCGAUUUGCGUGCGCGGCCGCGCGCUUGGGCUGGCCGCGUUCGCCGUCGCGCCCGCGGGGGCGGCGGGCGCCGGCAUGCUCCUCUGGAUGUGGCUGCGGCGCCUCCGUGCACAGCGCCGGCGGCAGCAAGCGCAACAGCAGCGGCAGCAGCGGCAGCAGCGGCGGCGGCGGCAGCAGCAGCAGCAGCAGCAGCAGCAGCAGCAACAGCAGCAGCAGCAGCAGCAGCAGCAGCAACUGCAGCAGCAGCAGCAGCAGCAGCAGCAGCAGCAGCAGCAGCAGCAGCAGCAGCAGCAGCAGCAGCAGCAGCAGCAGCAGCGCCAGGAGCCUCAGCAAGGGCAGGAGCGACAAGGGCAGGAGCGGCCGCCCGCGCGGCCGACGCUUGAGCCAAGCGGCUCUCGCGGCACUGCUGGCGCGCGGGCGAGAAGCAGCGAGGCAGGCGCGCUCGUCAUUGACUUGAAAGAAGUGAUGGCGGAAGCGAAGCGCCUCUCAGACGCGGCCCGCGCGGCGGGUACCCGGGUUAAUUACUCGCCCCACGCCACGCGCCGCGCCACAAUCAGCGUGAAGCUUCAGCCCACUGGCAGCGCCGACGGCGGCAGCAGCGGCGGCGGCGGCCAGCGCGCGGGCGGUGCCUCAUCCUUGGCCGGCGGCGUGGUCGCGGGCACGACGGUGUUGCUGGCGCCGCAGCUAAGCGGCCAGAGCGCGGCCGAGGGGCCGUCUUGGCGGCAGCGGCCGAGGGUGACGUGGCCAGCGGCGGCCGCGGAGCCGGUGGUGGGGGAUGCGGCGCGGCGGGCGGCGGCGGCGGCGCUGCAGGAGACGGUGGCGAGCAUGGCCCGUGAGGCGGCGUUGCAGGCGCGCCACGUGCGCGCGCUGAGGGACACCAUCCGUCCGCCAAAGGGCAUUGCUGCGCACGCCCGCGGCAUGGCGGCGCGCGCCUGCUUUUCGCGCGGGCAGCCGCUUUGGUCCGCGGCCGACCCUGCACCUGGCAUGCGGGCGCUCUUCCCGGCCGGAGCGGGGUGGGUAAUCGCGACGCGCUCCCUCACAAGUUCGGGUCCCGUCGUCAUGCAACGCGCUCUGCGCCCGCAGGCGGGCGUGGUGGCACCCACCCAUAUCGUCUACUGCGGCUUUCCAGGCUGCCUCCAACUGUCAUUCCUCGUCAUCGGCGCCGCCACCACGCCGGAAGCUUCCCGACCAGCAGCCGCGCCGCCUGCACCCGGCUCGCCCAGCCAAGACGAUGACGCCGGGCCGCGACAGCUGCGGCUGACGCCGCCCGCGGGCUUCGACGUCUUGAGUGCCACGGUCAUCCCAUCCCCCGCGCGGCAAAACCCCCAGCCCCCAGGACGGACCGCCGCCGCGCCGCUGCGGCCGAGCGGCGCCGCGCCGCCGGCGCCGGCGCCGGCGGCCGCCGAGCUGUUUGCGUCUCCGUGCGCGCUCGUCCUCGCGCCCAGCGCCGGCGGCGGCGCGCAGGACGCGGCUGUGGCCGGAGCCUCUGUCAGCCAUCCUGCAGAGGCCCCGGGUGGGCCGGACCUGCCCGCCAGUCGCGACGGCGGCGGAUGCGUCACGCUCCACGUGCCCAGGGCGCUGGCGGUGCAGCUGGCGGCCUCUGGGUCUGCCUUGAGGGUGGUCGCCUGCGCGUCUGGCAGCCUCCAUCCGUUCCAUGACGUCACUCUGACGUCACAAGAGCUGCUGGCAGCGGCGGCCGCCGCCGGAGAGGCGCCGGGGGAGGCGGUGGAGGGGCCGCGCCCGCGCAGGGCGGCCGACGGUGACAUCAGCGACAGUAGCAGCAGCCUCAGGUGCUCCCCCGACUGCGCCCCAGCGGGCGGCGGCCCCACCAGCAGCCCAGUCCCCAGCCCGGGCGGCGGGCGGAGCGGCGAGGGCAGCGGCGCCCGCGCGCACCUGCGGGUGCUUGUCCCGCUGCCUGCUGCUGCUGACGUGGCGCCACCAGCUGCCCUGCUUCUCUUGCACCUGCUGGAGCGCGCGCCGGCCCCGCCCGCGGGCGGCGGCUCCAGCGGUGGCCGCGAUGAUGAAUGUCUGACGUCAUCGGGCGCGCCUGGCGUCGCGGCUGGGGCACGCGACUCGCUCGUCGCCCAAACGGCGGCCCUCGCGCUGCACGAGGCGCCGGGCGACGCAGGCAGCGGCAGCGGCGCGGCGGAGGGCGCGGGCGCGGGCGCGAGCGCGUGCCGGGGCGCGGCGCGAGAGCUGCGGCGGCUGUGCAGGCAGCUGGCGGACGCCGACGGCGUGACCCCGGGGGCUGCCUACGGCCGCCACAUGCUGCCACUGCUGCAAGACCUUUUCUUGGCGCUGACAGCCGCCCCGGGCGCCACGAGCGGCGGCGUCGCAGCCGGCCGGGCCACAGAGGAAGGGAGAGAGACGGCCGCCGUAAUGCCCGGCGUGAUCGCGGUCGGCCCCGCGGCCGAGUCGGGUGCGGCGGACCCGCCGCGGGCGGCGACCGAACGCGCGCCGGCGGCGGCGCUGCUAGAGUUUUUGUUGGCGAACGAGAUGCGCGCGUGCGCUGCCCUGCUGCCACUGGGUUCGGCAAGAGCAGCUGUGGAGGCGGGCAGCGGCGCGCAGGACCCGCCGCGCCUGAUGGUGCUGCUGCGGCGCUGGCGGCCCGGCGCGGCAGCAGGCGGCGGCGUCUCUGGAGGGGAGGAUCCCCCAGGCGACGCGCCGUCGGGCAGCGGCGUCACUGGCAGCAACAGCAGCAACGGCAGCAGCAGCACCGGCAGCGGCAACGGCAACCCCCAACUGCCUGGUCGCAACGGCCCUGGGCCGAACCAGAGCGCCAGCAACGGCGCCAGCGUCAGCGAUUGCAGCAUGACGGAUUGCGACAAAGACAACGGCCUGCCAGAAGGGCAGCCUGGAGGCAGUGGCGGCGGCGGCGGCGGUGGCGGUGGCGGGGGCAGCGAGGGCGGCAACCAAGCCGGCGCCGGCGCCGGCGCGCUCGUCGUGGCGCUCCCGCUGCUGCUGCUCCCCAGCCCCGCCUGCUGCGCCGAGGUGCAGGGCCUGCUGCCCGCCGCCCUCGACGCGGCGCGCCGCUCCGCCGAGGGCGGCGGCGGCGGCGCGCCCGCGCCGCCGCCGGACGAAGGCGCAGUGUUUGGUGGGCGCGUGGGCCCCCUGCUGUUUGACCUGUCAGAGGCCCUGGCCCCCCGCCUUGCGCACCAGCAGCAAGCCGCCGGCGGCAGCGGCGGCGGCGGCGGCGGCGGCGAUCUCGGAGAGUAUGCUUCUCAGGUCCGGCGGCUGCUGCUGUUCUUGCUGGCCGGCGGCAUGCCCUACUGCGCGCGCCUGCUCGUGCAGUCGGCGGAGCGGGCGGGGCUCGUGUUUGCGAACCGGCAGCUUGUGAUGGGCGCAGAGGAGGCUGGUGCGGCGGGCGUGGCCGCGGCUGCAGGGCAGGGAGCGCAUGCGGACGCGCGGCAGCACGAGCAGCUGCGCGCGGUGCAGGAGGGACGAGCCGACCCCUUUGCGACGCCGCCCGCGGCUGCGCCGCCGACGCGGCCGCCCAGGCUGUCGUGGUUGCGCGCGCCGCGCGGCGGCGCGGCGGGCUCCGACUCGCCCGCGACGCCGUCCACGCCCGCCACCGCGCCCGCGUCCGCGGCCGAGGCGCGGCCGGCGCCACCGGCGCCCGCCAGGCGGCCCCUUGGCGCGGCGAGGCGGCCGCCUUGA